AUGGUACCAAACACUUCUGAUCCUUUUCGCCAAAUUAUUUUAAAAUAUAAUACCGAAAAAUCGGAAUUUCUAAAAGAAUUCUCUUCUCAAUACGGAUACAACGGCAAAAUUGAUUCUAUACGUGAGAACGAAUAUCCACAACUAAAAGGAUCCGUUUAUCUUGAUCAUUCUGGUGCGACUGCAUAUGCAAAAAAUGUCUUAGAUUCCUUCACUAAUGAUCUUACGAAUAACCUUUUCGGCAAUCCUCAUUCGUACAACCCUAGCUCCCAGCUUACUUCUCAACGAGUUGAACUAAUUCGGGCUCGUAUUCUGAGACACUUUAAUGCAAAUCCUGGUGAAUAUCAAGUUAUAUUUACUCAAAACGCUAGUUCUGCAAUUAAAUUGGUUGGCGAAGCUUUCCCUUGGACUUUUGGUCAAAGUUCAUUCAGAUAUUUGAGAGAAGCUCACAACAGCGUAAUAGGUUUAAGACGUUUUGCCGAAGAAAAUAAUUCUCCAGAUAUUCAAGCUAUAACUGAAGAUGAUCUAGAAACAACAUUUAAGAACAUUCAAGAAGGUUCAAUUAACGAUAAUUUACAUCCUGAAAUCAACCACGAAAUAAAUCAUGACACUAUGUAUAAUCUUUUCGCGUAUCCUGCACAAUGCAAUUUCUCUGGUCAAAGAUUCCCACUCAUAUGGACAAAAAUGAUUAAAAAAUCAGAUUCUGAUAAAUCAAAGGUAUUAGUCUUGCUUGACGCUGCUGCUUACGUAGCAACUUCUCCAUUAUCAUUGGCAGAUAAGGAUAUAUCUCCAGACUUCGUUGCUAUCAGCUUUUAUAAAAUUUUUGGGUUUCCCACAGGUUUGGGUGCUUUAUUAGUAAAAACUGAAUUGACUCCUGUAUUAAAAAAGCGAUACUUUGGCGGAGGCACAGUUCGCGCAGUUGCUUACGAUCGACCAUGGCAAGAAUUUCGAGAGAAUUUGAGUGAUCGUUAUGAAGAUGGAACUAUUAACUUUUUGGAGGUUAUUUCUCUAGAACAUGCGUUCAAUUCGAUGGAACGAAUAUAUACGGACUUUCAUUUUAUUAAGAAUCAUGUGUCCGCUCUUAGUGCCUAUCUCUACAGACAAAUGAAUUCACUUCGUCAUUGGAAUGGUUCUCCUGUGUGUGUUAUCCAUGCUAAUAAUGACUUCUCAGAUAGUUCUAUUCAGGGUCCCGUCUUCAAUUUUAAUGCAAAGCGUGCUGAUGGUUCUUGGAUUGGGUACCUUGAAGUAGAAAAGUUGGCUAGCGUGAACGGGAUUCAUAUUAGAACUGGUGGUUUUUGUAAUCCUGGUUGUUUAUCAAGAUGGGUAAACGUUAAAUCAGAUCAAGUUAUUACUAAUUUUAAGACUGGAAAAGUAUGUGGUGAUGAUCAUGAUAUUUAUAACGGAAAGCCCACGGGUUCAAUACGUAUCUCUAUAGGUGCCAUGUCAACUAUUGAUGACAUUCUUAUAUGGUUGGAUUUCUUCAAUACAUAUUUUGUGGAAUCAACCCCUCCAUAUAAUGUGUCACAAAACAUGGUUUUUGACGCCAAUAUAACUCAUUCAAAUCAAUCAAAUUUGAUUUUGGAAAGAGUAACAUUGUUUCCAAUUAAAUCAUGUCACGGAUUUACCAUACCACUUUCAUCGACCUGGCCAGUAACUAGUCAAGGAUUAUUAUAUGACCGUGAAUGGAUGUUGGUAAAUUUAAGAACUGGAAAGGCAUUAAGUCAAAAAAUAUAUCCAAAGAUGACUUUAAUUCAUCCAGCUGUUUUUCAAGACAAAGAAUUGCUUGUUAUUUCGGCACCUGGACAAGAUCCUCUUCAAAUAAAGUUGAGUGAAUAUCCUAAUGGCAUUGACUUUUCAAUGUGCCCGUCACAACCACACCUUGACGCGCCAUCAAAAAAUGCUCACCUUUCAUUAUCAAAUGAAUCACCAUUUUUAUUGAUUUCAAGAAAUAGUGUUAAUCAUGUUAAUGAAAAAAUUCUUGAAAAUGAAAAUAAAGAUGAAAUAAUUGUUGCGGAUUGUUUUAGAGCUAAUUUUUUAAUUAAAGCCAUGUGUGAAUACGAAGAAGAUGAGUGGAAAAUGAUUAAGAUUGGUGGACAAAUAUUUAAGUUGAUUGGUCCGUGUAGAAGGUGCCAUAUGGUCUGUAUAAAUCAUGAAACAGGCGAGAAAAUUAAAGAACCAUAUUCGACUUUAGCAAAAUAUCGUCGAUUUAAAGGUAAACUAUAUUUUGGACAACACAUGGUUCAUGUUGCUGAACUAUCUGAUUCACCUUUUGAAAUUAAAAGUGGAGCAAAGAUUGAAAUAUUGGAAAAA